UCUCCAGGACCAGGGAGCAAUCACAGCCGCCCCGACCUUGGCUUCCUCUUCUGGGUGGGAUUGGGGGCUGGGCCCCCAAACAGGCCCCUGGCUUCCCCCUUCCUCUGGGCAGGGGACAUAGAGACACAGGCUCAGGGAGCAGGGACUGACUUCCUCUUGUCCCGGAAUGAGCUUGCCUGCCCUUUGCGAGCAGGUUUGGGGCUUUCACGCAGAGGAAACCAAAAGCAGUCAGAGGGAGGGCAGACAGCGCGACCAAUCAAGGGCAGGGUGAGGCUCAAAACCAGCGGGCUCCCUGGGGAGCCCUACCGACCGAGGCUGGGGGCGAUGGCGGAGCUGCAGCAGCUACAAGAGUUUGAGAUCCCCACAGGCCGGGAGGCUCUGAGGGGUAACCACAGUGCGCUGCUGAGGGUCGCCGACUACUGCGAGGACAACUACGUGCAGGCCACAGACAAGCGGAAGGCGCUAGAGGAGACCAUGGCCUUCGCCACCCAGGCGCUGGCCAGUGUGGCCUACCAGGUGGGCAACCUGGCUGGGCACACUCUGCGGAUGCUGGACCUGCAGGAGGCUGCCCUGCGGCAGGUGGAAGCCCGUGUGAGCACGCUGGACCAGAUGGUGAACAUGCAUAUGGAGAAGGUGGCCCGAAGGGAGAUUGGCACCUUAGCCACUGUCCAGAGACUGCCCCCUGGCCAGAAAGUCAUCGCUCCUGAGAGCCUACCCCCCCUCGCGCCCUACUACAGGAGACCCCUCAACUUUGGCUGCCUGGAUGACAUUGGCCAUGGGAUCAAGGACCUGAGCACGCAGCUGUCACGGACUGGGACCCUGUCUCGAAAGAGCAUCAAGGCGCCUGCAACACCUGCCUCCACCACGCUGGGGAGACCACCCCGGAUCCCGGAGCUCGUGCAGCUCCCGGUGGUGCCUGACGGCAAACUCUCCGCCGCCUCAUCCGCCUCUUCUCUGACCUCAACCGGCAGCGCUGAAGGUGUCGGUGGAGUCCCCCAGCCCAAGGGAAAGGCACCCCCAACCCCACCUCCUCCACCGGCCGCCGCUGAGGUCUUCCUGCCGCCCCCUCCACUCGAAGAGCUCUCCCCGCCCCCACCGGAGCUGCCCCUGACCCUGGACCUGCCCCCUCCUCCACCCCCGGAAGUAGAGGACCUGGGACUGCCACCUCCACCCCCGCCAGGCUUUGGACCAGAUGAACCCAGCUGGGUCCCUGCUGCAUACUUGGAGAAAGUGGUGACACUGUACUCAUACACCCGCCAGAAGGACAACGAACUCUCCUUCUCUGAGGGCACGGUCAUCUGCGUCACCCGCCGCUACUCCGAUGGCUGGUGCGAAGGCGUCAGCUCAGAGGGGACUGGAUUCUUCCCAGGGAACUACGUGGAGCCACACAGCUGACAGCUCAGGGAUCUUCCUGUACCUGCCCAGGCUCUGCAGGGAGCAGGCCUCUUGAGCCCCAGAACAAAGCCUGCACCACAGUUAAGGCUGGACGAGGCCUGGCCACCUCUUGGGCUGUGAGCUGUGUUGUCCCUUCCCCCUUAUUGUCGUGGGGGAGAGGUCCUAGGGACAGAGAAAAGAUACCCAAAGACCCAAUGCAGAGGGGAAAGAACUGGAAGUCAAAGAACUUGGUGAUCUUGUCCACAAGGACUCCCUAAUCCAUGCAGAGUGGGGUCUCCAGCUGCAAGUACCAACUUUGAAUAAAUCUGAUAACUGCCCUGCAGGGCCAGAGGUCCACAGGGGAGAGAUGGA